CUCGAGAUGGUCCAUGAAGCCUUCGUCUGUACCGCUGUGCCAGACGGCCUCAAUAAUUUGCUAACCUCGCAUCUCCCCGCCUCUCUCCCUCUCCUUCGCCGCCUCCAGUCUACCUCCUUUCCGGGAGGAAGCACCCCUUCCUCCCGUGUCCUAGUUGCCACCGAUGACCCCAUUCAGGGGAUCGGACAGCCAGGGUCCCCCGAACAAAAUCAUACAAUCUGCCGAACGCCAAGGCACUUCACGGCCGCGUACCUGGAUCUCUCCCGCGGACCCGAGACUAACAUGUGGAUCUACUCGACCCUGGAGGAUGCCCUGAACGACUCCGCUUCUCCUGCUCUCCCUCCCGACGAGGUGGCCUUGGCCGAAGCCCAGAUUCUCUCCGUCCUCCAUGGCGUGCGGCGCCUCGUCCAUGAGCACGACGCCCCACUUGCCUACCCAAGCGCCGUGCUCAUCGGUACCAUAAAUAACCAUGUGCGUCAAAUAAUUCGCGCCCGCGCUCCUGGAUUUUCUAUCACCGAAAGGGGUGACUAUGACAAGUUCCUCUUCCGAGUAGUUGAGCUGCCCUCUGCCGACGUUGCUCUGCCAGAGGGCAUGCGCUAUGGCAGGCCUACACUCGACAACUGCCAUGUUGUCAAGGCACGAACGCACAUUCCGCGAGAGGUAAAAACGCUUCUUGCCCUCUCGGGCAUGGUCAUCAGACUCCGAGACGGGACGCCGAUUGCGUGGGCGUUUCUCGCCCCUGAUGGCUCCUUGGCCAGCCUGCAUUGCGAGGAUCCAUACCGCCGCAGGGGCUUGGCCAGCGCAGUGGCGGUCAAGCUCUUACGCGAAAGAACGACGGAAUACGGCACCGACGGAUGGGGAUCAGCCGAUGUGGCCGCGGACAACGCAAGUAGCCAGGCCGUGUGUAGAAGCUUGAACGGCAAAUCUUCCUGGGUUGUGUCUUGGAUUUUGCUACACACUGAAGAAGAGAAGUGACGCGGAAUUUGGCUUCACUACCUGGCCUAUCGGAUCUAGGUCUCGUCUCCGUGGAAUUUAGCUCUCACCAGGGCGGAUUCAACACACUGGAGGGAGAUCGGAGAACGACCGAAUGUAUCCGAGUAAGAGUAAGACCAUGAUCAGAAACAAUAACAUGUCCUAGCUUAGCGUCGAUUGCCUACCUUACUGAAGUCUCUACCCGUCCGAGUGAGAUGCCAGUACUCCCCGUUAAUUAUGACAUAACUAGGACGCCGACGGCUGGGUAUGAUGUAAUCUUCAGAAGCUCCAUUGACAUGGAGUCUAACAACGGCAG